AUGGCGAGGCUCACCUUCUUCGCGGUCCACGCCCCUGUAGCAGCGGCGGCGGCGCCUCCCCUCCUCGUCCUUUUUCUCGUCGUCCUUGUCGUCGCGGCGGUCGUGGUCUCGUUCUGCACCAGCAGCACGCACGCCAAGCUGUGGAAGCAGCGCGGCGGGACGACGACGGCGCCGGUGGAGAAGACGGGAGGCGCCGGCAACCGGAAGAACGUUCUCGCCGCCAGCCUGAGCGGCAUCGGCGGCAAGGCGGCCAGGAUGGUGUCGUGGAACAGGCGGUCUCCGGCGCCGGGCAGCAGCGACGACGACGACGACGAGGCGGCGGUGGAGGACGAGGAGGCCGUGUGGAGGAAGACCAUCAUCAUGGGGGACAAGUGCCGGCCGCUCCAGUUCUCCGGCCACAUCGCCUUCGACUCCGACGGCAACCAGCUGCCGCCGGCGGUCAAGAAAGCCGACGUCGCGGCCGAGAAGUAACUAACUCCGUUCUAUGGUGGAUUAUGGCGAUCGAUUAGUCUCAGGUUUAAUUUUGUUUUCUACGCCGUAUUACUAGUUCUUUGAAGCUAAAAGUUUGGCCCGUCCGGUGCAUGCAAGCACGUACAUGAGACGCGACAUCAGUU